AUGUGGCGACCAACGGAGAACCUAGUACUGAUUGAUCUAGGAAUGGACUUCUUCAUAGUCAAAUUUGAAGAAGAAUGCAACAUGAAUAAAGUCCUCCUUGAAGGACCUUGGUUCAUUACUGGACAUUUCCUCACUGUUAGAAGUUGGGAGCCAAACUUCGUGCCCAAUGAAGCCAUCAUUGAAUCAACCGCCAUUUGGGUACCAAUCAAUUCACCGGUGAAAUCCUCCAUUCCCAUAGGGGAGCACACUCAGACAAUUGUCUAUGAAGGGGAAGGGGUUCUGUGUAAAGGAUGUGGAAGGCUAGGCCAUACAAAGGAAAAGUGUCAAAACAGAAUCACUAAUCAAAAUGCUCCUUCAACCAGUUCUACAACGCCCCAGGUGCCAGAUGCAUCGGAAAAGUGGACCACAGUGAUUUUCUCCAAAAAAAAGACAACCCCAUCGCCAGCAAAGAGGAGCAAAACACCAAAAGGAAAAAAUGAAGAACGAUCUGCAAAUCACAAAGGUAUGUACUUUCACUCCCAAAACCCAACGCCCUAUUCUCUUCAGAACAAGUUUUGCACUUCACUACCUAAAGUCGCCGGUAAUGGUGGAACCAUAGAAUAUCCGCCUCAAGUGGCCAUUGCUAACUCUUUCAGAUCACUAGAGGUUGAUCCACAAAACGACGACGCUGUGGAAAAAUGCAAAUCACCAAACGGUGUCGUGCAAGCGCAAAAAGGAAAAGGGCCUGCAGCCUUAACAGGUAGUUCGAUGAAACUCAUUCGUGCAAAAGUAAUAGAGGAAAUACUAUCAGGGUUCUACAAUUCUAGCGAGACUACAAUCGGGGAGAUCAUCUUGCCAAUCAUUUUCCAAGGAGUAACAUAA